GAUGGCAUUAGUCACGAGCUUUAAUUCCACACGGAAAGUUAAUUCGCUGUGAAAAUAAGACUUUAUACGCUAAGAUGAAGACUCUUGCUAUUGUUCUGCUUGCACUUGUUGUUUGCGCUGUUUACGUUAGUGCGGAGGAACAGCAAUGUGGUCCAAAUCAAGUAUUUAAAUAUUGUGGAAAUGCCUGCGAUAAUUAUUGCGAUGGACAUGAUUGUGGCCUCAGGUAUUUUAAGUGCCCCGAUAAAUGUUACUGCGUCGAUGGAUACCUUCGUAACAACAAUGAGGAAUGCAUUCCAAAGGACCAGUGUCCUUAAAAAAUAUCCAUUUAAUUGAAAAUUGUAAUUUUAAAUUAUUUUUUUCGAUGUUUUUUUUUUAUUAAAAUGAAAAUUAAUUAAUUUCUUUUCAUCCCCCUUGAAUGGAAAAAUCUAAAUUUUAAUAAAUUUUUUUUUGAACCUUA